UGCGCCUGCCGUGCGCCUUAGCCCGUGGUGACAACAUUCGCUUUCGUUUCGUCCAUUCCAGGCAUUCCAAACAACAAAAAAAAGAACAAACGAACUGGAGAAAAGACUCUCUUCGCGGAAUAUCAGACAGUGCGUUGUGUUAUUUGCUAGUGAUGCUUGUUUGUGACUUACAGCAGCGAUAGACCACCGAUCAUUCAGUAUCAGUUUAUACAACAGCCACCCGGUUGGUGGUCAUACAAUCGUUGUUGGGCCUUCAAUGCUGGCCCUUCGUGGGUAGAAUUGAAGACUAGAGCCCGGGCAUUGUCCAUCGGUAGUGCAACCGUAAACGACGUGAACCAAACUGUGGAUUACUCAACAAACAAAAGUGCAGCAUUAAUUGAAUGAUCUUUGACCGCCGAAUUGUCGCCGCCGAAAGAAAGGAAAACAAAAAAAAAAAACGGGCGCAGAACAAUACUUGCUCGACCGACGACCAUGUGGUUAACCGACCCCGACUGAUCGCUCGCGCACUGGCCGGGGAACCCACGAUGCCCACUAGCCGCACUACGGGCGUGAUUGCGUGAUUGGUUGGUUCAUGCUCCUACGCGAUCGAAAUAAAAAAAAAGUACACACACAGCACAGUAGAACACUGGCCGCGAGUCGUUCAAGUCCGUGAAACAAAAAACACCCGCAUCCCUUCCGGACCUACGGCCGUCGAAGGAAUGCGAAUGCGACACACACAUUUUGAACACGGUUGGUUUGUGGCAAAAGGAAUCCCUCGAGUGCCUGUUUGUUUUGCUUAAUUGUUAUUUGUCUCCGUCGCUUAAUUUGUUUGAUUAAUCUUUUUUUUAUUUGCGCUGGUGUUUAAUUAAGAAUUAUUGUUCUAUAUUUGGAAAGUGCGCGAUAAAACAAAAACCGAAAAAGAUCGGGCGAAACGGAAAUCCCUCCGAGAGAGUGCGAAAGAAGUGCCAGUGCAGUGCAGCGUUGCAUCCGAAGUUUAAUCCGAAGAAAGAAAAUCACGACCGAGUAACGACGUUAUCCGGUGAUCGUGUAAAUUCCCCCGUCAGCAGGACUGCUUUUUAAUCCGUUGAUCGCUGAUAGUUAGUGCGACGCGUUUCGCUGUAAAACCGUUCUCACUUGUACGCAUCAUUAUCCUUAUGCGUGGAAUCAACCAUUGAAGAUUUCUGAAAAGUGAACGCCGGAUCGGCAGAGGACGCCGUCCGCAACGAUGACGAACGAUAGCAACGGCAGCAGCAGCGGCGGGAAGGCCGGCAACAAGAUGGAUUCGCGCAUCGGGCUGGAGUACAUCGUGGAGAACCACGACUACGUUACCAAGCUAGGCCUUGCUCUGGACACCAGCAACACAACCGUGAAGAAGCAAGUCUUCGAGCUGCUGUCGGCCCUGUGCGCCUACAGCUCGAGCGGCUACAAGCGGACCAUCGAAACGCUGGAACACUAUAAGAACAUCAAAGGCGAACGCUACCGGCUCAACAUAGUCGUCGUGGAGUUAGACAAAACAACUUCGGUCGAGUAUCAGAUUGCGCUGCUGGCGUUCAUAAAUUGUGUCAUUAUAUCGGCUGCCACGCUGCAGGAUCGGAUACGAAUGCGAAAUGAAUUUAUAGGUUUAAAUCUAUUGCCAGUAUUAAACAAUCUCAGGCGUAAUGCCAGAAACGUGCCGGACAUUGGAGUGCAAAUCGACGUGUUCGACGAGCAGCGAGAAUGCGACGAGUCACAGAGCCUGCAAGGGCCCGACGGAAUAAAUUUAAAUUCGCAUCUUGAUGUCUUCUAUGCGAUACUGCGACAGGUCGCCGGUACUCCGCAAGAAAUACCGUUUCUCAGUAUUCUGCAGCACCUGCUACAGAUCGACCCGAAGGAGCCGAUCAGCGACAUCAUCUGGGACACCGCGGAAACGCUGGUGCACCGUGCGACUCUGGUAGAAAAUAAGGACGCUUCCGUGCGCCUGCUGCGUGCGCCCAGCAUACAGAAGUUCGCUUGCCCGCACUGCAAUCGAAGCGAUAUCACUAGUCCAACCCGAAGGCAAUCGGUGGGCCCUCCCUCGUCGGGAUCGAACAACAUUAGCUCCACCCACUCAUCGCCAUCAUCCUUCCCGGUGGCUCAAGCACCCCCACCUCCUCCUCCACCACCAAACUUGGCACCGCCUCCCCCGCCUCCACCUCCUUGUGUACCUCCCCCGCCGCCACCACCAAUGGCCGGUGGUCCGUCAGCUCGCGGUGGUCCUCCGAUACCACCCGCACCUCCUGCCCCUCCGGCGCCGAACUUACUCUCGGUGAAAGCCAACGAACUGAACAGACCAAAAACGCCGGAAGCCCAAAUCGAAGUAAUCAAGCCGCUGCCCCAGCAGGAAACUCCAAUCCCCCGUUCCAAGAUGAAAACCAUCAACUGGAACAAAAUUCCUCCGCAGAAAGUGUUCGGCAAACCAAACAUUUGGUCCAUCGUGGCGGACUCGCACCAGGACAGCCCCAUGGCCGACCUGAACUGGGACGAGAUGGAGGGCCUGUUCUGUCUGCAGCAAGCCCAGGGUUCGCCGAAACUUGGCCGCGACGGUACGGCGGCCGGCGGUUGCGAUAAUACGCUGGAGCGAAAGUCCCGCAAAGAGAACGAAAUCACACUGCUCGACGGCAAGCGCAGCUUGAACGUGAACAUCUUCCUGAAGCAGUUCCGUACCUCCAACGAGGACAUCAUUCAGCUGAUACGGAACGGCGAACACGAGGACAUCGGAGCGGAGAAGCUGCGCGGGCUGCUGAAAAUUCUGCCGGAGGUGGACGAACUGGAAAUGCUCAAAUCGUUCGACGGAGACAAUAAUAGGCUAGGGAAUGCGGAGAAGUUUCUGCUGCAGCUGAUUCAAGUGCCUAACUACAAGUUACGAAUCGAAAGUAUGUUACUGAAGGAAGAGUUUAAAGCGAACCUAAUUUAUCUGGAACCAAAUAUAAAUGCAAUGCUCUACGCGGGUGAAGAUCUGAUGAAUAACAAGGCCCUGCAGGAAGUGCUGUACAUGGUCGUGGUGGCCGGCAAUUUUCUCAACUCGGGAGGAUACGCUGGGAAUGCGGUCGGCGUAAAGCUAUCCUCGCUGCAGAAGCUGACCGACAUCCGGGCCAACAAACCGGGCAUGAAUUUGAUACACUUUGUGGCACUGCAGGCCGAGAAGAAAAAUGUCGCGCUGCUGGAGUUCCCGAGCCAAAUGUCGACGCUGGAAAAUGCGACUAAAACGACAGUGGAGCAAAUAAGCAACGAGAUCAAUGCCAUUGAUAGUCGAAUUAAGAAAAUUAAACGUCAGAUCGAACUUCCAAAGACCGAAGAGGAUAUUAAGUAUCAGAUGGGGGAGUUUAUUAUCGGUGCUGAAAGGGACGUUGUUAUGCUUCAGCGAGCACUGAAAGAACUGGAAGCGAUGCGAAUACAGUUGGCAGACUUUUUCUGCGAAGACGUGGCGACAUUCAAGAUGGAAGAAUGCUUCAAGAUCUUCCAUAACUUCAGCGACCGGUUCCAGCACGCGGUUAAAGACAAUGAGAAGCGAAAGCUUCAGGAGGAACAGGCGAUUCUACGUCGGAAGCAGCGUGAGGAGCAGCUUGCACUGAAGCGAAGGCAAUCGAAUCAACCCGGAACUCCAGUAUCUGAUUCGGAGAAUAGCUUCCUGCUUGAUCCAUUGCAGUAUGACAUGCGGUACAGUCCUGCGAUGUCAAGGAGACGAAUCGGAUCAUUUGCCAGCAAUGGGGAACCGGUGUUUCUUCGAGAGGAUUGUCCCUCGCCGGACAUCACACCGAACGGUAGCCUACGGAGAAGACGGAGUCGAGUUCUCUCAGAGGAGGACGAAGGUAAUCUCAUGGACUUCCUGCGCUCGUCUGGCCAUGAAAGUGGCAAUCGGGAACGGAAGUCCGUCUCGUACGGUGGUAGUCUAGAUCGUUCGUGGGCUCGCCGAGCCCGUUCGGGAAGCGGUAGUAAGAAACGUCCAGAUCUGCUGAACGUGGACUUCGGAAACGAUCGGGAACGACCGAGUUCGCCGUCGCCGUUAGCCGAAUCGAAACCUCUGCCAGUGGAGGAAAAUAAACCGAGAAUUUCCAGGGAGUGGCGACAGAAAAUCGAAUCAUGGCUACAGGCGAACGAAGCGGACGAGAAGCAGAACGAAGACUACAAGAAGAAGAGGAAACUGUUGGCUGUCAACCGUCGAUCGUAUGAGACUGACAACGAGAGCGAUCGCGGCAGCAAACUGGACCCCUUGCCGGAAGAGAAGCAACCGGCUGUAACUUCCCCGGAGAAUACUCUCGAUCAGUUACCAGCAACCUACAAGCGAGUUUAUCCUGACUGGAAACCAUCCAGUGCUCUAGAGAAGACUGACGUUAUGGGCACCAUGGAAGCCAUUGCCGGUGCUCUUCCAUCGACCCAAGACAAAUCGGCGUUGCGUAAAUCUAGCCUCAAUAGUCCAGAAGACACGGAUGCUCGACGGUACCGAAGGCAGCGAUCGAGAGAAGGAGCACCACCAAGCUCAAGUCUGCAAUCCAUCCUAGAGGAAGACAAGCGCAAGUCGGUGAUCCAAUCGUUGGGUGAUCGACCUCCGUCCGACCGCUUGCAAAUCUACAUCCGAAGAGGAUCGGACAAUGUCUCGCAACCGGAGAGUACGGUCACUUCUCCGAAGCCUUCUGCAAGCUCCAACGACGACAACAAACAAUCCAUCUACAUUCGGCAGUCCCACGGAAGCGACAACGCCAGGUCGAAGACCGUGGACACGAAAUCAAGGCCCGAAAAGCAGUCCAUUUACAUCCGGCCAAACGAUAACACUUCGUCGACCAUUUCUUCGAUCAAUUCAUCCUGCACCAGCACCAGUGAUAACCAGUUACCGAUAGAGAUACCAUCCGUUGCACCUCCGCCAAGAAGAGCACGUCGAACGCACCACGUCUACGACGAGAUAACGAACAACAAAAUAGAAAUCGAUUCGGACAACAUCGAAACACCGCCAUCGAUUAGGAAGAGCUUUAACCGCGAUCAUCAAACACCGAUCGUGAGCAGUUCGUGCCGGAAGCUCCACCAACCGACAGAACUCGCCAACGAAUCGGAAACCAAGGGCACCCUGAACAGUCUCACCGAGUGCGAACCCUUGGGGGAUGGCCAGUUCGAUCGGUUCUCAUCGACGCGCAGGACGCGACGGUUCAAGCGACCCGUCGACCUGAGCAGCGGCAACGAAACUACCUCGCCGGAAUCGCUUCCGGAUAACCCGCUUUCGAUGGAAUCCAUUCGAAGUCCCGUGGUAGCCGCUGUAGCGGAGAUCGAAUCAACGGAGAAGCAGAAAGAACUACGCCUAAAACGUUGGCAGGACAAGCUGAACAGCUCCAGCGGAGUCGACGAACGUACCAAGACUUCGGACGCAUCUGGCAAAAUCACACGAACCGGGCGAAACUUGAGCAGAAUUAGCCAGGAAGACGUACGCCAGGCUAUCCGCAGUCUCAAAUCACCCACGCCGGAAAGAAGCUGGAGUCCAUCGAAAGAAAUAUCCCGCGAGCCAUCCGGCACGGUGAAGCUGAUCAGUCACGAGUUAAACGACGAGGGUUUCGAAGAAACACAAAGUUUAGUCUCCGAUACACCGUCGCACGGUAAAGACAGCACUUCGUCCUGCAACGACUACGGUUCGGAUUCCAAAACCAAAACGAUUAAACCCCCUAGCGGUGCUUUGGACGGUAGUCCGAAAAAAUCCUUGAACAGAGUAAGCCCCAAUCUUCCCAGCCUGUUGAUAAGCAAAAACCAGUCUGCCUUGGAGCGUAGCAAAUCCCUGAGGGGAACUCCGCCCUCUCUAGUCAAUAAGAACCUGUUACCACGUCGAACAAAUUCGAUGAGAAAAUCCGAAUCGCCGCUGACCGGCCCAAAUGUCGCCAAAAGUCAGCUCGAUGUUGAGCGAAGCAACUCACGAACCAGUUUGCGAUCGUCGCGCUCCUCGCUGAGCAGUGCGGUGUCCACAAAAACAGUCAAAAAGGUGCCAUUACGUCCAAAGUCAUCACCCCUAACCACAUCGAGUGGGCUGGCGGCCACGGCCAGUACAGUGCCAACGUCACUUUCGGCUCACAGUUCACCCUCCAAGAGACCGCUGAGUGCUGGCAGCACCAGGACGACCCUGUCCGGGACGCCAGCGAGUCGCAGCAGUUCCAGUGGUUCCAGUAUAGGCCCGACUUCGGCAACCAUCGUCGCCGCUAGAAAACCGCCCCUGAAAUCCUCCGGUUCCAGCUCACUCGGACCCAGUACUAGCUUUAAAGAAAACCAAAAUCAAAACACAAUCCGCAGCAAACUGCAAACUAAAACUUCCAGCAAUACGAGCAUUGCCAAUUCGGCGGGCGGAGCCUCGUCCGGUUCGAGUGGUUCCGCGCGGGUCAGUUCGACCCGCAGUACCGCGAGCGUUUCCUCGCGCACCGGAGGUUUCAUGCGCCCAACCACAGCCAGUGCUACGAAGGUGAAAGGCAAAUAAAAACCCCAAAAUCUAAUCGAGAAAACAAACAAUCUACCACCAGUUAGCUGCCUACUUUGAUUGACUCUGAUUUUGCUACCCGACUGACGUACUGACUGACAGACAGAAGGUUGUCAACUUCGGUAGGCGCAACUUUAAUCGCUCUCGCCGCUUUCGGGUCACUCUGAACAGAAAUCUCCGUCCACACUUAAGUCCAAUCAAAGCACAGUAGUGUAAACAAAAAUAAACAGGACAUACUCAGGCUCAGUUCGAGCGAUGAUGGAAAAGUAUUCGAAUUUUUUUUUUCGUUAACAAUCAAUUAAGGUGCAGUUUGCAUUCCAGGACAAUACCUAGUUAUCUUUCUUUUACGAAUGGUUUCUACCGCUACGUUACUCCCCUGCCCUUUCGAAGGUGAGCUCUGUUUAAUAUAUGAUAAAUAAUUUAAAAAACUGUUUAACAAAUUCACGCAAAAAUGCCCCCCCCCCCCUCUCUGAAGCGGAGAAUCAAAUUUAAGCUUAAGCUAAUAGUCAGUUAACGUUGUGAAAGAAUGUUAGUAUUCGUAUUGGUUAGUUAGUUAGGACUCCUCCAAGACAAGAGCACUUGACUAAUGUAAAAGUGUACACUAAAAUGAUGCAACUAAAGGCGACUAUUUAACGUUUAGAAGUAAUUUAUUUACAUACAUAAAAAGCUUUUGCUUUCGGGAAGCAAUUUACAUGAACGGAAAAGGAGAUAAGUGUUUUUUGUAGGAAAGUGACGAUCAAAAUUCAUUGCUAUACUUGCAUUACUUAGCAUUGCGCGACAUUCGAACACACACAUUCGGUGGAAACUUUUUUAUCUCUCUUUCUCUCUAUUAAGCUUAGUUUAUAAACAAACAAAAAAAAACAGCAUAAAAUAAAAUCCUUUCUACUUUUUCUACUUUUCGAAAGUUAUAACAACAAUCGUCAACUGAAGACUUACAGUUAAUGUAACAAAUUAUUUAACCGGAAAAAAUACGGAAGCAAACGAGCGAGUAGUAGGUUGCUUAAAACAGUGCUACCACAAAACGUGUCUAGCAGAACUCGUUUAACGCGUGUAACGUUGUUAGCUGUUAGAAGCAGUUAGAACUUCUCUUUAACCUCUUCUUUAAAGUUAGAUAGAUUUGACUGUGUACUAUGGUUAAGACAUCUUCACAGAGCACGUGCGUAUCGUCCCAAGUAAUAUGAUAAAUCCCUAGCGAAUAGGCCUAAUCAUUCCUUCCAACUAACGAUGAAAGAUUAAAGAAAGAAAAAAACAUUUUGUUUUGAUAAAAAUUCUUGGUUUCGGAACUAAUUAUAAAAGCAAAAAAAAAACAGUUUUUGGGUAUAAAUUAAAACUUUUCGGAUUAAACGUAAUACCUGUAUUUACGAGUAAAAUGUGAAAAAAAUCACGCAAUAGAAAAAAAUGCGAUAUUAGUUAUUGGAUACUAAUCGUACUAACAAACAACCUUUACCUUACAUAGUGAAGCAUGUAAAACGAAACGUAGCCAAUCAGAAAAAAAAUGACGAAUCGAGAAGAUCGGACGAAGAAGGAAGGCGAACAUGAAAAAAGGAACCGUUAUAAUUAAUGGGGCUGCAAAGAAGAAAAUAAGCCUAGCAAUGUUCCAGGAGAUUGUGUACAUUUUAAAAAGCGGAAUACAUUU